CAGCAGGGAGGAGACACCGCCAGACAAGGAGGAGGGACAGCCGGGGCAACACAGACAGCAGUAAAAAUACCGAGCGGUACUCUCGGUGACAGCGUCUGUCAACAUCACGGAAACACCCGGGGCACUGUUUUUCCAUCCCAUGCAUUGUUAGAAACAGUCGUCACCAUGACAGCGGAGGAAACCAUAAAUGUGAAGGAGGUGGAGAUCAUCAAGGCGAUCCUGGACUUUCUCCACUCCAGGAAGUUACACAUCAGCAUGCUGGCUCUGGAGAAGGAGAGCGGCGUCAUCAACGGGCUCUACUCAGACGACAUGCUCUUCCUCAGGCAACUGGUGCUUGACGGCCAGUGGGAUGAGGUCUUGCAGUUCAUUCAGCCUUUGGAGGGCAUGGAUAAGUUUGACAAAAAAAGGUUUCGUUACAUCAUCCUCAAGCAGAAGUUUCUGGAGGCUCUGUGUGUGAAUAACGCCAUGUCUGCAGAAGAUGAGCCUCAGCAUUUGGAGUUCACCAUGCAGGAAGCAGUGAAGUGCCUCCACGCCCUGGAAGAGUUCUGUCCCACUAAAGAUGACUACAGCAAACUGUGUCUGCUCCUCACACUGCCCCGCCUCACAAACCAUGCUGAGUUCAAGGAAUGGAACCCGAGCACGGCCAGGGUUCAGUGUUUCGAGGAGGCCUGCAACAUGGUGGCUGACUUCAUCCCUGCAGACAGGAAGCUGAGUGAGGCUGGAUUCAAGGCCAGCAAGGACCGACUCUUCCAGCUGCUGCUAAAGGGAGUCCUCUAUGAGUGCUGCGUGGAGUUCUGCCAGAGCAAGGCGACGGGUGAGGAGAUCAUGGAGGGUGAGGUGCUGGUGGGGGUGGACAUGCUCUGCGGUAACGGCUGUGACGACCUGGACCUGUCCCUGCUCUCGUGGAUGCAGAACCUGUCCCAUACUGUCUUCUCCUGCGCCUUCGAACAGAAGCAGCUCAACAUCCACGUGGACCGCCUGGUCAAGCCCACUAAGACGGGCUACUCUGACCUGCUCACGCCUCUCAUCAGCAAACUGUCCCCUUACCCCUCCUCCCCCAUGCGCCGCCCGCAGUCUGCCGACACCUACAUGUCCCGCUCGUUGAACCCAGCGCUGGACGGGCUGUCCUACGGCCUGUCCGGCCAGGAUAAGAGAGCGAGCGGGGGGGAGGCAGCGCCGGGGAAAGGAGUCUCUCCCAUGUCGCACUCAUUCGCCAACUUCCACUACCCCGGAUCGGGGGGGCAGAGCCGGAGUCUCAUGAUGGAGAGCUCCGACUGCCACAGCAUCUUCGAGGAGUCACCUGAAACGUCACGGACAGACACACCUGUGGAUAAGAUGAUGGGUUCAGAUGGAGCUCAGAGUCUGCGUCCUGCCUCAGCGCCGGGCGAGGACGCACCGUCAGCCGACUCCGAGGACAGGAACGAGCUUCGUGACUCGACGGAGAAGUACGAGGAGUACUACAGGCAGCGCCUCCGUGUGCAGCAGCACCUGGAGCAGAAGCAGCAGCAGAGGCAGCUCUACCAGCAGAUGCUGCUGGAGGGAGGGGUCCAGCAGGAGCCCCCGCCCAGCGACAUGCAGCACAGCCUCACGGAGAAGUUCCUCAACAGGUCCAUCCAGAAGCUGGAGGAGCUCAAUGUGGGGAUGGAUGAUCUGGGAGAGGAGGUGAAGUCUCUGACGCAGCAGUGUAAUGGCAACGGGAACACCCCCGCCUCUGAGGACAAUAACAACCCUCCAUCUGUGAGCCCGGAGCAAACCAAAGAGGAAGGGGUGCUCAGCAGCACCCCUCAGCGCACCGUGGGGGGGCGCCCGGUCCCGCCUCCAAAUGAGUCCCCUGUCAUCUCCCAGAGUGAGCCUAAACUGAAAGAAAGUCAACUAGAUGACUCUCCAGGCUCCUUAUCCCGAAGUAAAGAGGGCGACACGACUAAAAGCCUGUUUGUUCCGGUUCAUUCUCUGGAAGACACUCAGGCCAUUCGAGCCGUCGCCUUCCACCCGUCUGGGUCGCUCUACGCUGUGGGAUCCAACUCCAAAACACUACGCGUCUGUGCUUACCCAGACACGUUAGACAAAAGUGGUUCCAGUCCCCCGAAGCAGCCGGUGGUGCGCUUCAAGAGGAACAAACACCACAAAGGCUCCAUCUACUGCGUGGCCUGGAGCCACUGUGGGCAGCUGCUGGCCACCGGCUCCAAUGACAAAUAUGUCAAAGUCCUCCCUUUCAAUGCGGAGACGUGCAACGCCACAGGCCCAGACCUGGAGUUCAGCAUGCAUGACGGCACCAUCCGAGACCUGGCCUUCAUGGAGGGUCCGGAGAGUGGAGGAGCCAUCUUGAUCAGCGCCGGAGCUGGAGACUGUAACAUCUACACCACCGACUGUCAGAGGGGCCAGGGUCUUCACGCGCUCAGCGGACACACAGGUCACAUUCUGUCUCUGUACACGUGGGGGGGCUGGAUGAUCGCCUCGGGCUCUCAAGACAAGACGGUGCGUUUCUGGGACCUCAGGGUGCCCAGCUGUGUGCGAGUGGUGGGGACUGCUUGCCUCGGCUCAGGAAGUCCUGUUGCCUCGGUAGCAGUCGAUCCUAGUGGCCGUCUCCUAGCAACAGGACAGGAAGACAGUGCAUGCAUGCUGUAUGACAUCAGAGGAGGACGGACCGUACAGGUGUAUCGGCCGCACUCCAGCGACGUGAGAUCCGUCCGGUUUUCCCCCGGAGCGCACUACCUUCUCACCGGCUCCUACGACAUGAAGGUCAUCGUCAGCAACCUCCAAGGCGACCUGACCAAGCCGCUGCCUCAGACGGUGGUGGGAGAGCACGGAGACAAAGUGAUCCAGUGUCGAUGGCACACAGAGGACCUGUCCUUCCUCUCAUCCUCUGCUGACCGCACUGUUACACUCUGGACACACAACCCGUAACCCACACACGCACACGCACACGCACACGCACACACACACAACCCGAACACACACACACACACACACACACACACGCACACGCACACGCACACACACACACACAUGCAAAAUGACACAACCAGUUAUAAUCUAAAAGACACACGUCCCCCCUAUAACACUGCUUCUCUUGCACUCCCAACAGUCACUCCCUUUCAACACACUCCCAGCUUGAACAACACAUGCACGCACGCACGCGCACACACAAACACACACACACACACACACACACACACAAACACACACACACACACACAGGUGAAUGGGCCUUUCACUUCUGUCUGUAGGAAACCAAAAUGGAUUCAGGCCUGCGACACAUAAAAGCACACAUAUUGCAUGUUUGUUUUUUUAAAACAUCACUCACAUUUCAUGCUUCACACCCACUGUGUUUAACAUCAGGGUCACAACAGCAGGAUGAUCAUUCAUUAUUUUCAGCAUCAUUUCACCUACAGUACAUCUCACUCCCUACACACACCAGUUUGUUGCUGCAUGUCCUUUUCACUGAGGAGUUGUUGAGGUUAGACAGCACAGAGUGCUUUGUUCAUGAUGGUGCCUUCCUUGAGUUCUCAGUUUCCAUAACAAAAUCGUUAUAAAAAAACGAACAAAGAUAAUAUGGUCAUUUUUAAAGAUCAACAUUUGUUGAGUUAUCUCGAGAAGUCCUACAUUCCUUCUUCUUUUGAGUAUCAUUUUCUUACAGCUGCUGUAUUGCUGCUAUUGUUUGAGGAAGCGAGUUGAAUUUAUUGUGGAAAAUGUAUUUUUGAGCUUUCCCUAUGCGGAGUCUGUGGAAGUGAUUCUGUUCCCUGUGGGAUGUGCUGAUGUCUCAUGUUACUGUAUACUCUGCAUUGCUACAACGCAAAUGUGUAAAAUCGCUUGUGCAUUUGUUUUACAUUUAAAUCAGUGUUCUUGCUCUGAAGCUGUUACAGUGUGUUGCGAUGGCUUGCUUGCAGUGGAAGAUCAAUAUUAUGUCAGCGUCAAAGGGAAAUACUAAGUGUGAUUUGUGGUUGAGAGUCCUUGCAUUCAGAUUGGGAAUCUUCAGUAAGCUUUGGUUAGUCUCCUGUAACACUUUAACGACAGUAGGGGGCAGUCUUUGCACGUACUGAGGCUCUAACCACAUGCACAGUGAAAUCUGAAAGGAAGCACGGGUGUUUUGAUAUUUAUUUAGAACCAGUAUUUGGGGCAUAUGCAUUGUACUAUUCUUCUGUUUUUUAAAUGCGCACUUUUGUCUUUUAACAUUGUCUUCUAGUACUGAUUUACUUACAAAGAUGCAUAUUUUAUUUUGAUGUAUUGUAUAUAUAGUUUUAACAAAUAAGGCCAAACUAACUACGUACAUAGAUUUAUUUAUUUCAGUUGACUUUAUGUAUGUACAGUUAUUGUUUUUGAAAUGCUAGUGGCUGUUGUGUUUAGCCUUUCUAAUUCUUGUUUUUAAAAAGUGACUUAAAUUAAUUCAAGCUAACUCAAGUCUGACUGCUGGUACGUUCAAUAAAGUGUCUUUUACACAA